CACACACUCCACCGCUGCUCCUGCACGAGAACAGUUUCAGAAUCGAGUGCACUGAACGAUCCGCCGCGCGAGGAUUAAUGGAUGAUCUAAGAAGCAAAGGUGGAAACCAUGGCAACAGGGUUAGGGACAGCUGAUUGAGUGACGCGCCGACAGAUCCCCGCGUGCUGCAGGUCUGCAGCUCCCUGGUGAAGCAUGUCUUCCUCCUCCUCCUCAUCUUCCUCGGAGCUGCCCUACUUCUGUCCUCGCUGCGGGGACGACUUUCGUUUCUCGUCCGUACCUGAGCUCCGGGCUCACCUGGUCAGCCGACACACCUACGAGACGCUGCUGGUGCUGUCGCAGGCUCGGGUUAGAAGCUCGAGGUCCGGUCUUCUGCUCCGCGGCCCGACUGUGUCCCAGAGACAGAGCUCUUCUCUGGACGCCCACAGCCUCUCGCUGGCCUGCCUGGACCUCGCCUCGUCGUCGGCCUCCGUCCAUCUGCUCAGGAAAAUGUUCGGCCCUCCGGAUCCUACAGGACAUUCGGAGGACCUCUCCGCCGCCCUCGCCCUCCCCGGCUCGCUGGAGCCUUUUCUCGGGAAGAAACUCAGCGAGGCGGGGGUCCAGCUGGGCCUGGAGCUGGGGCUGUCGCUGGGGAUCGGGCUGGACGAGAGGCUGGGCCUGGAUCGUAGAAUCGCCCGCACGUUUGCAGAGGUGGAGGAGAGAGUGAACCGCCGCGUGGCUUGGUUGAGGGUGGAGCUACAGAGAAGGGAGGCGGAGCUAGAGCGGGAGAGGCGGGGCGGGGAGCGGCUGAAGAGUGAGAAACAGGAAGUGGAGGAGAGGGCGGAGCACCUGUCCAGACAGGUCUCUGCUGCGGUGGAGAUGAUGGAGCGAGUGAAGAAAGAUCUGGAAGGGAAAGAGAACGAGCUUAACGAACGACAACAGGAGAUGGUGGACAUCGAAUGUUUUCUGAGGGAGACUGCAGAGAAAGAGGCCAAGGCCAAAUCCAGACUGCAGGUGUUUAUCGAGACGCUGUUGGAGCGAGCCGACCGUGCAGAGAGACAGUUACUGCUGCUCAGCUCACACACACAUCUCAAUCACUACACACACACUGACCCGUACACACUGACUGAGGGAUACACACCUGCGCCUGGCCGGUGGGGGCGCAGUCUGGACGCCAGCACCGAGGACGUCAUCGCAGACAAGAUUCAGGGACCCAUCGGCAACCGGAGGAGUUACAGUGUGUCAGGCUCCUGCAGACUGGGAGAGCAGCUGUACAGCCAGCAUCACUACAGCGGUCUGACUGGUCUUAUGCGGACCUCGUCUCUGGGUUCAGGGGGGUGGGACGGUGAGGGGGGGCUGGGCCACCCCCACCACUACACUCCAGCCUGGACUCGAAGAGAAAGGCCAUGGGUCAGGAGCCAAAGAAACCGUCGCCAAUAUAGCACCGAAGAAGAAGAGGAGGAAGAUGAAGAAGAUGAAGAAGGAGAAGAAGAAGAGGAGGAGGGAUUCUGGACCAGCGCUGAGAUGAGGAGACUCGUCUUCGCCAGGACACACACACCUUGCUCAGAAGCCCCGUCCUCCCUUCGCUCCACCCCCUCCCAUCGUCAGCUGGGUGCGGACACCUUGAGGCUGAGGGCGGGGCUCUUCUGCGUGUUUCCGUAUCUGGAUGUGCGCUCCUUGCUGCACGCCGCUGAGGUCUGCUCCGAUUGGCGGUUUGUUGCCAGGCACCCGGCGGUCUGGACACGCCUCCGGCUGGAGAACGGCAGAGUGUCGGCCGAGUUCCUGACCACUCUGUCUCAGUGGUGCACUCAAACUCAGUCUGUGGUUCUGAACAACCUGAAGCCUCGAAGCAGACGAGCCGACGAGACGCGAGAGGAUUACUACAAGAACACACGAGGCGGCGUAGAGCCGGGGGUGGAGGCCCUGCUGCGGUCUGCAGGGGGCAGUCUGCUCCACCUGUCUGUCUCUCAGUGUCCUCACAUCCUCACUGACAGGACGCUGUGGCUCGCCAGCUGCUACAGCAGGAACCUGCAGACACUCACAUACAGGAGUUCAUCAGAUCCUCUGGGUCACGAGGUUCUCUGGGCCCUGGGUGCAGGCUGCAGGAGCAUCAGCAGCCUGCAGGUGGCGCCAGCUUACCCCUGCCAACAACCCACUCGUUUUGGAAGCCGCUGCCUGCAGACGAUUGGUCGAUGCUGGCCACACCUCCUCUCGCUCAGUGUGGGCGGGGCCGGCUGUGGGACUCAGGGAUUGGUUGCUUUGGUGAGUAGCUGUGCUCACCUGCAGGUGUUGGAGUUGGAGCGUGUUACUGACCUCGGCCUGCAGGUGGCGACAGAGCUCUGUAAAGCGGGACUGAAGAGCGUGGAGACGCUGAUCCUGACACACACACCCGUCAGCGGACAGGCCAUCCUACACUUCCACAGUGUGUGUGAGAACAUCAGGUGUAUAACGGUUGAGGUCGCCGUGUCGGAUUACUUCGAGGAGCCGGACACGCAGGAAGCUCAACAUCUGUUUGGAGAAAUACUCAACACGCUGAAGGUUCUUCAGAAGCGUCCUGGUCUGUGUGACGUCCUGCAGGUUAAAGCUGCAUGAUCCUGCUCACACACACACACACACACACACACACACACACACACACACACACACACACAGUUAAGUCUUUUUUGCACUGUAGAAAGGAAAACCUUUAAUCUCCAUUAACACAAACCUUUAAACUAUUUUCUAAAACACUUUUCUUACUCUAUUUUUGACAAAACCUGAACUUCAGCAGAACCUGAGUUCUUUCCGAACAAAUUCAACUUCACUUUAAACCCUUUUUCCUGUUGAACGAAGCUAAAUUCUCCCUUAAAACAACCAUAUUCCCCUUUAACGAACCCAAUCUGUAGCUUUAGCUCCCGGUCUCCCCUUCUAGCAUCAGGAGACCAAUGUCACCAACAGCAUGUUGAGAAAAUCCUUAUUCUACCUUUAAAAGCCAUAAUUCUUGUUCUGAAGUCAUAGAAAACCUUUAUUUGUACCUUAAGAUCCAAGUAAACCCUUCUUUAGCUUUACACUAACAAUAAGCACAAUAUAUAAUAUAUAAUAUAUAAUAUAUAACAUACGUGCACAAUAUGUACAGCAAAGACGUCGAUCACAUGUGUUGUUGUGAAAGUGUCUUUUUAUCAUCAACAAUAAAUA